GUGAAAUGGCUCGUCAUCAACUGUAGUACAACGUCUACGAUUGGCCGAGAGAUUUUUGCGCGGUGCAUUUCAGCCAAUCAGAGCUUUGUUUUCGCGCUCGUAUGUAAAGCCUCUGAUAAAUGGCGAACGGAAGGGCAAACUGUAAACAAAUACAAAAGAACUGGAUAUUUUUAGGCGAAUUGUGACUUUUAAGGGAAAAGUAAUUCAAUAGUACGAAUACUGUGUCUAAGUGCAAACGGGAAUAUUCGAUAUGCGACAGUGAGCAAGAGUUUAAACUAGCCUCGUUGAGCGUUAGGAGGCUUCCUAGGCCUGCUGACAUCUGCGCAGACUUUGAAUUCGGCAGAGUGCUGUGAUGCGAACGCGGGCUCUGGGAAGAGACCCGCGCAGUUAACACUCAUUUAAAAUCCGUUUUAAAACCAUAUACGUCUGACAAAGUUACCACCAGUCAUUAUCAUGAGUACAAUUUCGGACAGCAGUCAGCCGCCCGAAACUAACCAGACGAAAAGAAGUGCAAGUCCAAGUGGAGACUCUGAGUCCACGCUGCCCAAGCAGGCGAAAGUGAGUGAUGAGGAAUCGAGGAAUGACUCUCGUGAAGAUGCAGGACCUGAGAAAGUUGGCAACGGUGAGCCAAAACAUGGAUCUGCCGCGCAGGAGAGCACGGGACAGGCUGGUGGAGGAGAGAGCACAGGACGGGCCGGUGAAGGAGAGAGCACAGCACAGGCUGGUGGAGGAGGGAGCGCGCGCCAGGAAUCAGAUUCCGCGGCCAUCGCCGCAGCAGAAGCGCUCGCCAGUCUGACCGGUGGAGACGGGGGCGAAGACCGUAAAGAAAUGCCCUGUUCGUCCAAAAAAGCAAGUCGAGAAAAAUCUAGGGAUAAGUCUAAUCGUCCCAGUUCCUCUCAGAGCGAGAGAAGGACGGAGGCAGCCGCGGCUGACAGCUCCUCGUCCCUGCUGCUCUGCGAGGACAGAGAAGAUCCAGAGCAGGCUUCGUUUGUGGAUGAUGAUGAUGAGGAGGAGGAGGAGGAUGACGACUCCCUUCCUGGUUCUUCCUCCACGGCUAGCUCGUCUGUCGCCUCUGAUAACGAGGACGGGGAGUGUGCCAUAGUGUCGGUGAAGAUGGCCCCGGAGGUGCGGCAGUCCGUGGCGCUGCUCGCUCAGGUGCAGAUGCGACUGGACGCGCUGGAGAAGAAAGGCGCGCGUCUGCAUCAGCGCCUGGAGUUGAAACUGAGCCGCCAGCGACGCCCUCACCUGGACCAGCGCAACGCCAUCACUCAAUCCAUCCCAGGCUUUUGGGUCACUGCGCUUCUGAAUCACCCACAUCUAUCAACGCAAAUCGAUGAGACUGAUGAAGAUGCUCUAAGCUACAUGACUAAUUUAGAGAUUGAGUCUUUCAAGAACAACAAACUUGGAUACCGCAUCUGCUUCCAUUUCCGGCGAAAUCCCUUUUUUCAAAACAAAAUGAUAGUGAAAGAAAUUCAUCUUGGUAUGGGAGGGUCUCCGGUGUCAUUCUCCAACCCAAUUUUGUGGCAAAGAGGGCAGAAUCUUGUUGGUAGUGGAGAACCACGUCGAACAUCACAGGGAGUCUACCAGAGCUUCUUCCACUGGUUCAGUGACCACAGCAACCCAGCAAGGGAUGACAUCGCACAGAUCCUGAAGGAUGACCUGUACAGAAAUCCUUUGAGGUACUACCUGACUCCACUCUGGGAGCCACGAGAGAAUGGCAGCAGUGCUCCCAAGCGUCAGAGCAGCAAUAAUGGAGACGAGUGUGUGAUCAUCUCAGAUUCAGAUGAAGAUGAGGAGCAGAGGAGCCAAAACCUCGGGCAGGAGGAUGAAGAUGAUGACCAAGAUGGAGGCUCAGAAGAGGAUGACCGAGAUGAGGGGGAAUCCUCCUGCGAGGAGAGAGAUGAAGAGGAAGUGGAUGUUGAGGAAGUAGAAGAAUCACGUGACUCCGAAAGCUGUGAGGUCAGGGAGCAAGGACGUGAAGAUGAAGACAUUGAUAUAGAUGAAGAGAAGAGUUAGGACUUGGGGCUGUCGCCGUUUCUUUUUAUGCAGAAUAAUGUCACUAGAUUUUUCUAUGAUCCAUUUUGAUGAUACUGUUUUCUGCAUAAAUUAAUAGCCUGUUUCAAAUAAGUUGUUAAAGAUUAGAAUUUUUACCAUGUAUUCAUUGUAGGCUUUCUAUACAUCAGAAAUUAUGAAUAUUCAAAUUUAGUGUGUGCACUCCUCCAAAAACAUCUGCUUUUCUUAAGCUCUCAUCACAUUUUACACUUAUAACUUUGCAUUAACAGAUUUCAGAGGGCUACUGAUUCCCGUAAAACACUUCUUUUAUCUCACAAUGGACCGUUUAAAGCUUGGGAUUUCAGACUGCACUCAGUUUACUUCAGUUUAGUUUUUUUUGUCCAGUUUAGAGGGCUUGAUGUAUGACAGUAUACAGUAUCAUAGUCCAUCACUCACAAUUAUGACCAUUUCUAAACACACCAUACUUUCCUGUUUGCUAUGUUUUACGGGCUUAAUCGUAUUUUUCAGUCAUUGUAAUAUUUUUGGGUAAUUGUUGUUUGUGUUACUUUUUCCUCCUCCUCGAUUGGUUUUCUUGCCUUGUUAUUGUUCAUUAACUCUACCACCACAGUUUGGUUGUAAGGAAAAAGGUCAAACAUUCUGAAAUGCACCUCAUUCUGAACCAAAACUAGGUAACUCAGGGAUGUUUCCUCUUUUAUCCUCCUUAUAUUGUAGAUGGGUUUCCCUCCAUCAGCUUCAUUUAUUCAGUUUUAGUUUUUCACUUUAUUUACAGAAGUAGAUACAAUCGUGACACUUGGUACCUCUUGCUAUGAUGAUAAGGUGAUUCUUAAAACUACCUUUGUCAUGUCUAAGAAUGAAGUUGGAUAUACACACUGUCAGCACAUGCACAUAACCAUUUAUUCACGGCAAUGAAUAACAAUUGUAAUGUUAUGUAAAUGAGCAAAAUAGUGGCAAGACCAUCAUGUGGUGUUUUUUUCUUUCCUUUUGACAGCAUGAUGUGUGCACUCAAUACUCCGACUUUUGUGUCCAGUUAAAUGCUUAGAUAAUAUUGUAAAAAUAGUGAAUAUGUACACAUUUGUUCAUGAUGUCUUUGAUAUAUCACUUCUCUUUUUCACUCUUUCUCCAUCAUUUCUAAUAGUGCUUCUUUCCCUCCUUUGCAGUAAUGUAUUUUCUUAACUUUUAAGUCAGUUAUUAGAGUGAAACCAUUCUAAAUAUUAUCAUUGUAAUCUGUUAUAAGGCAGUUGUGUUUAAACAUAUUGAGUUUUGACCUGUAAGAGUUUGGUUUAAAAAGCGAAAAGCUGUAUACUGGAUUGAAGGCCAGUGGUUUGUACAUAAUCCUUUCCCUUAAAAAAAGGGGGUUAUAAUUUGUUAUUGAAUCAUUAGGAUAGAUUUUACCUACAGUAUCUCUGAAAAGCUAUAUUUUGUGUGCUACAUUUUAUAGAGAACUACAAUUUUUAAAUGUGUUUUUUUUUUUUUUCAUGUCAAAUAAAGGUUUUUGUCUUUUCAUUCA